UCAGUAUCUUUUGAAUGUUUGAGCGCUAAAGUACGCUUCGGCUCACCUCCGGCGACGGCGAUGACGUGAUCGCAGCUGUUACAGUUUAAACUGUCUCGAUUUUUGCAUUCCUCGGGCAGUUUAACCAAAAAUGACACGCCAGUUAAUUGGGGACAGCGCAAACGUGGGGUUCUAGUGAAGCAACAGUAUUACGAAGUUCAAAUACCAAAACCACUCCUACAAAUUCAUCAGAGAAUCAACAAAGUGCGGCUUAUCAUUGACAGGCGAACCGGUUUGCCCAACAGAUAAUAAUAAUAACCUGGGUGUAGUCCGAAUUCAAACAUGGGUCAGAAACUUUCGUGUUGCAAAAAGUGUGAUGAGUGGGGAUGGUGCAAACGUAAAGGCAAUGUGGAGCCAAAGCUGCGUAUGCGCAAUGUUAAUGCCAACUAUUUGGCAGGAGCGCCAAAAAUCGACGAAGCAGAUGCCGCCAGUUCAGCGGUGCUGGGAGUACUCCGAGUGGAUCUCUGCCUGGAGGACAACCACGAUGAGCACCACACGAGUCACUUCUAUGCGGCGGCUGCCAAGGAAGCCCUGAUCGUGAGAAGAGGAGAGCCCUUCCGUCUGCGGAUCCAUUUCAAUCGUGACUAUAGCCCCAGCAAGGACGCGAUCAGCUUCAUCUUUAGCGUGGCGGAUGACACCAAGCCGAGUCCUGGACACGGAACCCUCAAUGCCCUUGUGCCCCACGAUGGAAUCGACCAUCUGGGGGACACCCUGGAAUGGGGGGCUGGCAUCGAAUCGCAUGAAGGUCAAACGCUUACUGUACUGAUCAAGCCACCGUCCACUUGUCCGGUGACAGAGUGGAAAUUGGACAUAGACACUAAGUUGCUGGGUGAUGGAUCGCGGAGCUAUCCCCUGCCACUGCCUAUCUACAUUCUUUUCAAUCCCUGGUGUCCGGAUGAUCAGGUCUAUCUGGAGGAUCGCGAUCAGCGCAAGGAGUAUGUGAUGCACGACACCACGCUCAUUUGGAGGGGUUCCUACAACAGACUGCGUCCAUCGGUUUGGAAGAUCGGCCAGUUCGAACGUCAUGUGCUGGAGUGCAGUUUGAAGGUCCUGGGCACCGUGGGCAGGAUUCCGGCCGCCUACAGAGGAGAUCCUGUGCGAGUGGCGCGAGCCUUGUCCGCUCUGGUGAACUCGGUGGAUGACGAUGGCGUGCUGCUGGGCAAUUGGUCGGAAGACUUCUCGGGCGGAGUGGCACCUACCAAGUGGACCGGGUCCGUGGAGAUCCUUCAGCAAUUCCACAAGACCCAGAAGACGGUGAAGUUUGCCCAGUGCUGGAAUUUCAGCGGAGUCCUGGCCACCAUUGCCAGGAGUCUGGGCAUACCGGCCAGGAUCGUCACCUGCUACUCCUCCGCCCACGAUACCCAGGCCUCUCUGACCGUCGACGUGUUCAUCGACUCGAACAACAAGAAGUUGGAUGCAGAGACCACGGAUUCGAUUUGGAACUACCAUGUGUGGAACGAGCUAUGGAUGCAGCGACCGGAUUUGGGCGUGGGUCAGCAUGGCACCUUCGAUGGCUGGCAGGUGGUGGAUGCCACACCGCAGGAGGCCUCCGAUGACAUGUACCGGGUGGGACCCGCUUCUGUUUUGGCAGUGAAAAACGGCGAGAUCCUAAGGCCCUUCGAUGGAGGAUUCGUCUUCGCGGAGGUGAAUGCCGAUAAGCUGUAUUGGCGCUACAACGGACCCAGUCAACCGUUGAAGCUGCUCAGGAAGGACACCCUGGCCAUAGGCCAUCUAAUCAGCACCAAGGCAGUGCUGAAAUGGGAAAGAGAAGACAUCACCGAUAGCUACAAGCAUGAAGAGCGUUCCGAGGAGGAAAGGAGCACUAUGCUCAAGGCCCUCAAGCAAUCGCGUCAUGCCUUCAGCAGAUACUAUCUAAACGAUAAUUUCAACGACAUAGAGUUCGACAUGGAACUGAAGGACGACAUCAAGAUCGGGCAGGACUUCAGUGUGGUGCUCAGGGUGACCAACAAGAGCGAGUCCCGCGUCCACCUGGCCACCGGUCAAAUUAGUUGCGAUGCCGUUCUCUACACCGGAGUGGGUGCCGUGGAGGUCAAGGCCUUUGGUUUCGAACUGGAACUGCAGCCCAAGAGCACUGACUUUGUGCGCAUGGGGGUCAUCUUCGAGGAGUACUUCGACAAGCUGUCCUCGCAGGCCGCCUUCCAGAUUUCCGCAGCCGCCAAGGUCAAGGACACCGACUACGAUUACUUUGCCCAGGACGAUUUCCGGGUGCGCAAGCCGGACAUUAAGUUCCAACUGGGCGAUGCUGCCAUCGUGGCCCAGAAGGAACUGGAUGUGAUUGUGCGAGUGGAAAAUCCACUACCCGUUCCCCUGCACAAGGGCCUCUUCACCGUGGAGGGACCAGGCAUCGAGCAGCCCCUGAAGUUCAAGAUCGCCGAGAUCCCAGUGGGUGGCACUGCUGCGGCCACCUUUAAAUACACUCCGCCCUACGCGGGGCGUGGCACAAUGCUGGCCAAGUUCACCUCCAAAGAACUUGAUGAUGUGGAUGGCUAUAAGCACUAUGAAAUUGAGCCCCGACCGGAGGAUCUGCUGCAGCCCAAUGGAAGCCACCGGAGCAGCAACAUCAUUCGCAGACGCACCGAUGUUAUAGCUUGAACAAACCUUAGUUGAAUUGGGUUUUCUUUUGUAUUUCGUAGGUUAAGUGAUAUGUUGUAAAUAAUAUUAACAAUACAUAUUAAUGUUUUAUAUCAAAA